CCGGUCUGGCAGGAUCUAGAUCGUGCUAUGGGGCAACUCUUCAUGAUGGGAUGGGAUGGCAUCGCCGUGACCCCUGCUAUACGAACGUUGAUCGAGGAUCAUUUCCUGGGGUCGAUACUCUUGACCGCGCAUAAUUUGAGAUGUAUACAAUGCUCCACUUCGCGAUUCUAUCCUGACCGCCUGCUAACAAUAAGCGCCUAGCGGCGGACGAAACGAACAGACUGAUUCACGAGCUUCAGACCAUCGCCUACAACGCUGGCCAUCCGGUACCUCUAACUAUUGCCCUGGAUCAAGAAAACGGUGGGGUGAACAGCUUAUCGGACGAGGCACACAUCCGACAGUUUCCAAGUGCUAUGGCUGUCGCCGCCACGGGCUCUUUAGAAAUUGCCUCCGAUGUAGCCAGAGCAACCGCUCUCGAGAUCACAACGGUUGGUGUCAAUUUGAUAUUGGGGCCCGUCCUGGACGUUCUGACCAACGCAAGGAGUCAGCCUCUGGGAGCGCGCACGACGGGCGAUGAUCCUCAGGAAGUAUCACGAUAUGGAACCGCUUACAUCAGUGGAUAUAAGAGCACAGGGAUCGCAACAUGUGGCAAGCACUUCCCCUCCUACGGAAAUCUGCAAUUUUUGGGUGGCGGGCAGGAUAUCCCUGUCAUCACCGACACCCUGGAGCAACUGAGCUCCAAUGCCUUGCUACCUUUUCGUAACGCCAUCGCGAACGGAAUUGACGCUGUGAUGGUGGGCGGCUGCGCAUUGGUGAGCUCUGGCGCACAUAUGAUGCAUGCGUGCUUGUCGCGAGAAGUAGUGACUGCACUCUUGAGGGAAGAUCUUGACUUCAAUGGAGUAGUUCUCUCUGCAUGUCUCGAGAUGGAGUCAUUGAUUCGACAUAUCGGUGUUGGUGGAGGCACUGUCAUGGCAAUCGACGCAGGAUGUGACAUUGUCGUUCUUUGUCGCUCAUAUGAGGUCCAGCAGGAUGCGAUUGCUGGCCUGAAGCUGGGAGUUGAGAAUGGGAUGUUGUCGAAAGACCGCAUCUACAAUUCCUUGAAAAGAGUGUUGAAAAUGAAGUCUAGAUGCACAUCGUGGGAAAAAGCAUUGGAGCCGAUCGGCCUGGACGUGCUUUCUGCUCUCCGGCUAUCACACUCAGCAUUGUCGAAGAUGGCCUACCGCCGCUCGAUCACUUUACUACGUGAUAAGAGUCAUUUAAUCCCGCUGACAGAUCUGAGUCUGGGCCCCAACGAAGUCCUGCUACUGUCACCCCUACUGAAGCCGCUUCAUGCAUCUGCGGUGAAAGGGGAAGGCCUGGCAGGCUCAAUGGGAGUGUGUUCCGAUGACGUGUUUCAAUCCUCCACAGCGAUUAUGCAAGGCGAAGAAACAUUCACGGAUUUCGGGCGACGACUGGGUCAUCGCCUCAAGUGCAAAGUCUUGCAUACUUCAUACACCGCACAUGGGCUCUGCUCUGUGCACGAGAAUCUUAUCAGCCGAGCAGGCGCGGUCAUUGUGCUUACGGCGGACGCUCACCGCAAUCAUUAUCAGUCCGGAUUCACCAAGCAUGUGGCGAUGAUCUGCAAUUCUCAAUUCUGCGCGAGUAAUGAGAGAAGAGAAAAGCCGCUGAUUGUCGUGUCGGUGAGCUCACCCUACGAUUUUGCUGUCGAAAGAUCUAUUGGUACACAUCUAUGCACAUAUGACUUCACACGGCCAGCGCUAGACUCUCUAGUCGAUAUCCUCACCGGGGUUUGUACUCCUGAAGGGACUCUUCCAGGGACGGGAAGAAAGAAGAGACAUCACGCAAAGUCAGCACACUACUGGCUUGUAGAAGAGUGGUCCCGUGAAAGAGACGAGAAGGCUCUGAACAACCUCAUAAGAGCAGUGGUGGAGGGCAUGCCGUCACAUCGACGGUCCGCACUUGUCGGGUCAACAACCGAUUCCUUUCUUGUCUGCAGGACGGGUAUAGGAGAAGCUCAUUUUGUGGUACGAAACAGCAGCACUGGGGCUUUGUAUGGAUUCUGCUCUACUUAUUUCCUUGCAGAUUCGGGCACGGGCGUUAUUGGUGCCUUGUUCGUGGAUCCGACACGACGAGACCAGUCCAUUGGCAAUUCCUUACACGAGAGGGCCAAGCGUGCCCUGUUAGGACGAAGCAACCUCAAAUCCAUUCAACUUGGAUCCGGGUUCCCAACCACCUUUCUCGGGCUGCCGGCUGAUGACCCAGGAGAGCGGCAGCGUCUACGAGCGUGGUUUGGUAAGCGAGGCUAUGACAUCUCCGCUUCCCAUCUGGUGUGCAGAAUGAUACUUCGAAAUCUAUCGAGCCGGUCUCCCGAAGCCGAGAUCAUAGAAGUCCUCAGAGAGUCGAUGAUCGGCUACGAUACUGUCUCUGACCCUGGAGACGCAAACAUCGUCAUGGAUUUUGUCCAGAAGCAUUCAAGCCGAGGGGAGGCGGAGCUGUACAAGAUUGCGACAGCUGAUCGUAAGGCCUAUCCCAUCAUCCGUGCUCGGGACCUCAAUGAUGGCUCCAUCCUCGGCUGCACCAUUCUUUGCGAUGGCAGGUCUCUGCUAGCACAGUAUUUGCCGGUCUUACGAGAUUCCACUGAGGUCUCUGGAGGGCUUCUGUCACUACUCACUCGACCAGCCGCGACAGAUGCCAAUACGGUGCUUCAGGGAUUGGUCUUGUAUGGUAUCCAGCGCAUCAAGGCUCAAGGCUUGAGAACGUGCGUUUUAGACAUGGUUUCCGGAGAAUCUAGCGUCGAGGCUGCAUUAGCGAUAGGUUUCACUGUCAUGCACAGCUUUGAAGGAGGUGUGCAAUUGAAACUAUAGUGACGUACAAAUGUAAUCAUAGUCUAAUGCUAAACA